AAUGGGUGCAACUUUAUAUUUGGGGCCCACAGAAAAGGUCUUCUUUAAAAUCAUUUCUCUGAUUCCAAGUUAGACCCCUCUAACUUUGCCCCCCUGGUGAAAACCGACCUCUCACCCACUGCUAUCACCACAGCUAUAGGCCACACUAUCCACAGCGGAUAUUUCCUCCUACUUCUCUUGCAAAACGGCUGACUUUUUAAGUCCCAGCAUAGACCUUGUGAAUUUCCUGUUUUGAAGAGAGACUCAUGCACUGAACUGCACCAUCAUCAGAAUCCGGGGACGAUGACUCAGGAGGCUGAGAUCGGUGGACUUCGGUGGCUGCAUCCUGGUGUGAUUCGCUCUCCUCCACAGGGGCAGCGCAGUCUCAGCUUCCUCGUCCUCUCGCACCGCGCAGUGUGCCUUUAAAAGGUUGAACCCGCCGGUCCACAGAUCGUGAGCCCCGGACUGCUUCCCCCUGCUCGGUUCAGCUGUGUAUACCUGUCCGCAGUGACAUGGCAUAGCGGCUGUGAGGAGCAGCAGCAGCAGCAGGAGCAUCAUCCUGCACCAUGGACGCGCUACGACAGCCGAGGCGCAGCGCAGCCUGCGUGGCGCUGGACGCGAUGGUGCCCGCCUGGAUCUUACUGAACACGGUGUCCGGACUGAAUGCGCAGGGCGACGGAAUGGAAGAACUCACCACCGAGAAGGAGGCUGAGGAAAGUCACCGACAGGACAGCGUCAAUUUGCUGACAUUCAUUCUGCUGCUGACCUUAACCAUCCUCACCAUAUGGCUCUUCAAGCACAGACGGGUCCGAUUCCUCCACGAAACCGGGCUGGCAAUGAUUUACGGUUUGCUGGUUGGUGUCAUUCUGCGAUACGGCAUCCCUGCCACCAGCUACCACAACAAGACGCCCCCGAGCUGCUCUAUGAAGGAAGGACCUGCUAGCACCCUGCUGCUUAAUGUCAGCGGAAAGUUCUUUGAGUACACCCUCAAAGGGGAGAUCAACUCCCGAGAGAUUCACAAUGUGGAGCAGAAUGAUAUGCUGCGCAAGGUGACAUUUGACCCUGAAGUAUUUUUCAACAUUCUGCUGCCCCCUAUCAUUUUCCAUGCUGGCUACAGUCUAAAGAAGAGACAUUUCUUCAGGAACCUGGGCUCCAUCAUAACAUAUGCGUUUCUUGGCACUGCCAUCUCCUGUUUUGUUAUUGGGAAUCUGAUGUACGGUGUGGUCAAACUGAUGCAAGUGGUCGGACAGCUGACUGAAAAGUUCUACUACACGGACUGCCUUUUCUUUGGUGCUAUCCUCUCUGCCACAGACCCAGUGACGGUGUUGGCCAUUUUCAACGAGCUCCAUGCAGACGGGGAUCUCUACGCCCUGCUGUUUGGAGAAAGCGUCAUGAAUGAUGCAGUUGCCAUCGUGCUUUCCUCGUCUAUUGUGGCUUACCAGCCCAGCGGAGCAAACACACACAUGUUUGAUGCCUCAGCCUUUUUCAAGUCAGUGGGGGUUUUCCUGGGUAUAUUCAGCGGUUCCUUUAUAAUGGGUGCAGCUACUGGAGUUGUCACUGCUCUCGUCACCAAGUUCACCAAGCUGCACUGCUUUCCACUGCUGGAGACGGCCCUCUUCUUCCUCAUGUCCUGGAGUACCUUCCUGCUAGCCGAGGCCUGCGGGUUCACAGGCGUCGUGGCCGUGCUCUUCUGUGGAAUCACACAGGCUCACUACACGUACAAUAACCUGUCCGAAGAGUCCACAAAGAGAACCAAGCAGCUCUUUGAGGUCCUUCACUUCCUCGCUGAGAAUUUCAUAUUCUCAUACAUGGGCUUGGCUCUGUUCACCUUCCAGAACCACGUCUUCAACCCCAUUUUCAUUAUCGGGGCUUUUAUUGCCAUAUUCAUUGGAAGAGCCUUCAACAUUUACCCACUCUCAUUCUUCCUCAACCUGGGUCGAAGGCACAAGAUCAAGGGAAACUUCCAGAACAUGAUGAUGUUUGCAGGUCUGCGAGGUGCAAUGGCAUUUGCUUUGGCUAUCCGGGAUACUGCCACCUACGCCCGGCAGAUGAUGUUCACCACCACCUUGCUCAUCGUCUUCUUCACCGUGUGGGUGUUUGGUGGUGGAACCACGCCCAUGUUGUCCUGGCUACAUAUCAGAGUUGGAGACAGCACAGCGUUGCAGGAGAAGGGACGUCAGUACGGAAAGUGGAAGUACUUCAGAGUCGGUGUGGACCCAGAUCAAGACCUGCAGCCCUGUGGAGACAGCUUCCAGGUCCUGCAGGGGGAUGGCAGUCCGGGUGAAGGACAGAGUAAAACCAAACAAGAGAGUGCUUGGCUCUUCAGACUGUGGUACUCCUUCGACCACAAUUACCUGAAGCCCAUCCUGACACAUAGCGGCCCACCUCUCACCUCCACCCUGCCUAGCUACUGUGGGCCGCUGGCCAGCUGUCUCACCAGCCAACAGGCAUACGAGAACCACGAGCAGCUGAGGGACCAGGACUCUGACCUCAUUCGUAGCGAUGGUGACCUGACCUACACAUUUGGUGACACUGCGAUCACAGCCAAUGGUGCGUCUGGCGGUGGGGGGGAGGGAGCUGCAGGGUCAGGCUGGAGCGUUAAUGGAAAACGGAGCGGCAGCACCUCAGAGGAGGCACUGGAGCGUGAGCUGGACUCCCGCGAGCAGGAGCUGCUGAGCCGCGGCACACGCCUGGUUUUCCCGAUCGAGGAUCAUGUCUGACUUUCCCUUCCUCCCUGCCUGCGCUGUCGACUUCCCUGACCUGACCCCCAGACCGCCUCGCCCUCCUCUCUCUCUCCAUAUCCUGCGGGCAGAGCGUCCAGUCCUUCAGAGAUAAGACAAAGUGGAGAUAUGGGAGCAGACAAGAGGGGAGGUUUCAGAGCUACUGAGCUCCCUCCAGGCCUGGAAGUAGAGUUCAAGGUUCAUUUCAUCCUCAUUACAGAGAUGUCGUUUAUUCUCAAGGAGACAUGUGUCCUCAAGAUCCUCUAACAGAGUUACUGUGGUUCACUUUUACUGAUAUUGUCCUCUGCAUAACCAGGGGAGAAACCUUUAUGCAGGAUGUGGGGAUGAAAUGCAAGAUUGAAUCUGCACUUGUGACAUUUUGUGUUUUUCGGCAGGAACGGAAAAGAGGUAGAAAAAUGAAUUAUUGCCUGACAGCAUGUCGUAAUAUGAUCCGACAAGUUUGAUUUCGCAGUACAUCAGUCUGUGACUGCGAAAUGCAAAGUGACUCCUUCACACACACUGACGUGUAUACAGAGAUUGCUGUAAAAGAGGCCAAACAAACCGACAGUGAACAGUUCCCAGAUCAAACCGGAGCUCUGUGGUAGAUGCAUUUCGUUGAUAUUGAUCCCAUGUUGCCAACAGACCAUGUGUCUGGUAUGUUUGUCAAGAUUUCCUUUGUGUCACACAAAAGCAUCUGUGUGGAGGCAGUGUGGCAUGUGAGGAGGAGCACAGAAAGGGGCAGUUGUGUUGUGCCCUGGUUGUGUUGCCCUCUCAGUCACCGCAGCCGUGUCUUGGGUGAAAUAAGAGGGGUGAAGAAUGUGUGCAUGUUAAUAGCUACAAUGCUGAGCUUUGUUCCAUUUUAAUCGGGACGGCUCCUUUCAGUGCAUUACAUCACAUGACUGUUACCAAUCGCUCUGUAUAUCUUGUCUUUGAGUUGACUUUUUUUGUGAAGAAGGAAUGCUGAUUUCCCCCCAACUGUAAAAACUGAUAAAAAAUAAUAAUACAGUUAAAAAGUAUUUUCAAUACAAUAAAUAAACCAGACAUUCAUUAUAAUUUUGUAACUCUUUUACAAAAAUUAUAUAUUUGUCUGCUGAUUUUUAAAAGAUAUAUUCAGUGAAAUAGGACUGCAAAUAAUUUUCAUUGACUAUUAAUCAUAUUUGCGAUCAACCAAUUAGCGGUGUAGUCAAUGAUGGGAAGUAACCCAGUAACUGUACUCAAGCACUGUACUUCUGUCCAGUUUUGAGCUACUGGGGGAGGCAAGUAUUUCUAUUUUAUGCUACUUCCACUCGACUACAUUUCAGAGGAAUAUAUUGUUCUCUUUCUCCACUACAUUUAUUGGACAGAUUUACUUACUAAACUUUUAUGUGAAGAUUUUAAAGAACAUAUGAUAUAGCCAGCUUUUAAAAUAUAACAGCUUAUUAAUGAUUUAACCAGCUGUUUUCUCUUAGGUUUCUGACAUCUUGCACAUCUGUUCUCUGCAGCACCAAAUGAUUUGUGUUUUCAUUUAAAUGAAUGAUCGAAUGAUCCAAAUGAAUAAUUUCAGCAAUAAUCAAAGAAUAGAGAAAUAAUCUGAAAACUGAAACUGACCCUGUUCAUACAACUACAGUUCCAACCUGCAGCAGUAACAGGCUGCUUACUCACUGAUGCUCCAGUAUUAAUCAUCAACCGAUGCCAUAUGUAAUAAUAUAUCAGCUAAAAGGACCAGAUCAUUCAUUUAAUUUAAUAAAAUAAUAAAUAUUCCUCCACUGUUUAAUCAAGUUCAUAGAAAGUAAAAUAAACAGUUAAAAGUCUAUCACAGAGCCAAAGGUGGUGUCAUUAAAUUGCUUGUUAUUCUAACAAAUGGUCUGAAUUUUCAUACAACAAAAAACUGCUGUGAAGUCUCACACUGGAGAAGCUGGAACCAGUCAAUGUUUGGCAUUUUGCUAACAAAUUUACUAAUAAUGCUUUAACCAACUGACUAAUCAAUUGCUUCUUUUUUUUUAAUAACCACUUAUUCUGAAUGUUAAUGUGUAUAAUGUGGUAUGAUGAUGAUGUGCUUGCACAGGUCCCAUGCAGCAGAAGAGCAUUUUAAUGCAGGGAAGUAGUUCUUCAAACACUUUUCCUGUUAACAAGCUUCAACCUGUCAACUUUAUACUCAAUGUGUUUUUAAAAAUGUAUAGACACGUUCAUUCAUAUUCAAAUUUAAAAACACUGAUUCCAAACUCUGACAACCAGAGAUUAGCUGAGGAAGUGCAUGCACAUGAUUUCACCCAGCAACACUGCACCCUUCACCUUCCUCAACUUUUUAUUGACUUAAAAACAAAAGUAUAUGUGAGCUUUUGCCCUUAUUAAGUAUAAAGCAUUGGCCAAUUAAUCUGGAAUGCUGUUGUUUAAAAAAAAAAAGUCUCCUGUCUCGCCUGUUGUUUUCAAACCUCAGUUCCCAGGAGUGUGGUCAUAUAUAUAUAUUUAAACAUUAUAAAUUUCAAAUUCAUCUUCACCUCUUUAUUUAACAAAAAUGUGUUAUCAUCUGAACCUAUUUUGGAUCUGAUUUGGUAAAGGCAAAAUGUUAAAUUUGACAUUGUAGGAAAACACAUAUAUGUUUUAAUGCCGUUUGAGAAAUGUAGUUUUUCUGACACACACAUAAGUAAAAUAAAUAUGAAGAUAUAACUAGUAGCGGCCAUUGUUACCCUGGCACAAAUGCUAAUUAUUUCCCUCUUGUUUACAGGCUAUUUGCUAAGAUAGACUAACCAACUGCUGGUUGUAGCUUCAUGUUUAAUGCACUUCCCUAUAGGCUCUGAUGACCGGUAACCUGAACACCCAUGAACAUCGAUUGUUCUCUUCAGCAGUAAAAUCCCAUGACGCUCCUGGUGUUUUUGAUUUCAUAUAUAAUAAACGCAGGAUGUCUCAACUCGAACAUGACGUAGGUUCACAGCAGGUGCGUUACAUGUUGCACAUAUAGUUUGACAUCAAUCUCCCUGUGUCCUAGUUCCUUUCAGCUAUACACAGCAGUUUUAAAUAAGAUAACUUUGUCAUGCAAAUGCACCAAAAGAGACUCUGGACGAUUCUUCAGCAGACUACUGACCCUUAUUGUUUUCCUACAGCUUGAUUUGCAUAACUCCACAUACACUAUGAAAUAUUGUGUUGCCUUCACGAUGUCCAGACAUCCCGUCUGCUCCCCCUUUAGUUAAAUACACCCCCGCAGCACACCGCCCUUUUUUUUGUUUUCUACUUCGCCUACACACAGCGGCUGCUGCAUUUAUGCAUGAGUGCAAGAGGGCAGGUGUGAAAGGGGUGAUUGUGCGAGGUGAAGCUGAGGCUUUCACAGGGGAGAGAAGCCCCACACAAGUUUAAUGGGCUGACUGGAUGGGGGCCUCGAUGAGGAAAUGAAUCUACUUAUGUAAGAGUAUGCCCCAGUACGCAGAGUGUGUCAUUUCAACUCUGCCUGGAGUGAGCGGUAAUGUGAAGCUCUGUCUUACAUCCUGUCACCGUCUGUUGAUUGGGAAACUUCUUUUGGAUUAAGGCUACUGAAACACUCACUUGUUGACCAUUUUGUCAUUAUUUAAUCUUUGACGCAGCCUCUUCUAAUAUAACCUACAGCAGAAAUAACAUAUAUAAUAGAACUUUAAGACGUGGUUUUUGAUGCUUUCCGAUGGGGGUUCCGCACAUUUCCUGCUGUAUUGACUAACACAAGUGCAUAAAAAGACAGAAGAGGAACUCGCAAUUGGCCACAUGUUGGAAACUGGGGCACUUCUAUGAACAGCAACAACACAGACGACUUGAAUGACGGCCACAGGCAAAUAAAUGAGCAGAGUUUGACUCUUCACUUCAAGCAGAGGACACUGUACUCUUAUAUAACCAUGAUGUGCCCUCUUUCUCUCUCUGUCUGUCUGUACCUCUCUCUGUCAGACUGUUGUGCUGUCAGUUGUCUCGCCGGCUAUAUUUACAUGCUCUCUGUACCUGAGAAAUAUGAGAUGUAGCUCAAUUGUCAAUACGUGGACCUGUUAUUUCUUGUAGCAGCUGGCUGCCAGGAUCCACCCGCCGUGGUUUGCAUGUCAACAAGUUAAUAAAAAUUGUCAAAUUA